CCAAUCUUGCGCUAAACCAAGGUGCUGCAGCUGACCAUGGGUCUGCGUGAAUCCGGAUGCCUCCUAUCCAGUACCUGGACAGCUUUCAAUGAUGACGGCCAAAACUGAACGGAAAUAUGCAUGCCCUAUUUUAAAACGCUUCUACUUAUUUUCCGAUUCAUUUUUGUUACCUGCAUAUACAUAAUAAAGCCAUUCAUCUCUCUAAUAAACCUUGUAAUGUCAAAGGCGUUUUCCACAGAUGACACUCCACCCGGCAUAUGACAGUAAGACCUAUGUAAAUGACAUUGCAAUUCUCAAAACGGAACAGCCAAUCCCUUUCGAUGCCAAGAACACUGUUUCGCCAAUCUGCCUUCCUGAAGACCCAAACAAUAAGUUCGACAACACUGAGGUCUUCGUCUGUGGAUGGGGACAAACGAUUGGAAGUGAUGGUAACUCUAACUCACCAGUUCUUCUUCAUACUGUAAUGACAACAAUGACCAAUGUAAUGUGCAAUAAGAUGGUUUCUCCUACGUUUUUCAUUCCUGAUGAGAAAAUUUGUGCUCGUGCCUCUGGAAAAAGCCAAGGCUUGUCCUGUAGAGGAGACUCAGGAGGCCCACUAAUGUACCAGCAUGGAAGCCACAUGGAUCUGAUCGGAAUAGCUUCAUCAGGGCCAGAAGGAUGUUUAAGAGAAUUUCCAAAAUUUUUCACUCGAGUUACCAGUUACUUGGAUUGGAUCAGGCUCCAAAUGAUAAAACCAUGAAUUCUACAUUAUCUUUACUAAUGUACUUUAAUAAUUUUCUGCUAUACAAUGAAGAUGUAAAAUCUUCCUGAAUAAAUUUAUCAGCAUUU